UUAGCAUUUUAAUUACAUUUUGAUUGUAAAAUAAUAAGCUCAUAAUCAUGGCUGCAUCAAAAUCUGAUUCAUUUAAGCAUGUAAACUUUCAGCUUCCUGAUGUAGAGAAAGCAACCCUCUUCAACAUCAUUAAGGAUCUCGUGUUUUCGACCAACGUUAAUCAUAGGUGGAUAAUAACUAUCUCUAUCUUCAUUCAAAUACUUCUUAAGCGUUAUUUAGCAUACCCUUUGAAGAUAUUUGGGUCUCUAAUUGAAGAUCUUCUUAACGGCAAUAUUUUUCUAAGAAAAAAAGAAGGUUGGGUGGAAGAAAAUGGUCAUGGGUUUAUCUCAUUUAUCGGACAGAUUGACAGCAGAAUGGAGCUCAACAAAGAUAUAAAGCAUGGAGAUGCCAGAUAUUAUCCUGCACUUUCAAUGAUGGCUUCUAAAUUAGUCUACGAAAAUGAACAUGUUAUUCAAACUAUUGUUUCACGUCUUUGGAAGAUGGAACACGUGAAAUUUUACGAUUGUUACAAUGAUUAUCAAAAGAAAAGAACAACAGAAGCAUUCAUUAUGCGGGAGGAAACUGAAGAAGAUGAUAAAAUCAUAGUAGCAUUCAGAGGGACCUCACCAUUUGAUGCAGACGAUUGGAGCACCGAUUUCGAUUACUCAUGGUGCAAUAUUCAUGGAAUGGGAAAAACUCAUAUGGGUUUCAUGGUAGCAUUAGGUUUAAAGAGAUACAAUAAUUAUGAUGACAACGAAAAUAUUAAUUGUGAUUUUCCUAAACAAAUUGAACAAGACCCUGAAAGACCUUUAGCUUAUUAUGUGAUUAGAGAUAAACUAAAAGAAAUUAUGGCAAAUAAUAAUAACAAUAAAAAUAAAAGGGUGAAAUUCAUUAUGACUGGACACAGCUUAGGGGGUGCACUUGCAAUUCUAUUUCCAGCAUUAUUGGCUUUGCAUGGAGAAGUUGAUUUAUUGAAUAAUUUGGAGGUUGUUUACACUUUUGGGCAACCUAGAGUUGGAAAUGAGCAAUUUGGUCAGUUUAUGAAAAUUAUAUUAAGGGAGCAUAAAAUUAAGUACUAUAGGAUUGUUUAUGGUUAUGAUAUUGUGCCUACGGUUCCUCUUGAUAAUACAUUCAUGACGUUCAAGCACUUUGGGACUUCCAUUCACUUUAACGCCCUCUAUCGUGGAAAGAUAGUUGAAGAAGAGCAGCAAAAGGCAGUGAAGAAAGGUGUAAAGAAAUACUUGAAGAAUCUAAGAGGAAUAGUUAUGAUAACAAUGGAAUGCAUACUUGCAAGGCUAACUGCAUUGUUGGAGUUUAUAAGAGGGUUUAUCAUCGGUUUUAUAGCAGGUCCGUACUAUCGAGAAGGGUGGUUGCUUAUAUGUUUCAGAAGCUUUGGGAUUUUAUUUCCUGGUGUAGUUAAUCAUAAUCCUCAAGAUUAUGUUAAUGCUACCACGUUUGCGUCUCCAGAUCUUUUCGAAUACCACCCUGCAACAAAUACAUAAGCUUUUGCAACAUUGAUAAUGAUCCCAACAGAAGACAAUUUCCAUUAUCUUCAACCAUCGUCCUUACUCUGCAAAUCAAGUUUCACAGUUUAUAUUUAUUUCAAGCAUAUGAUGCCUACUGUCUACUACACCUGUCAAAAGUCGACCCGACUCGAAAUCAACCCGAAAAUAUUGGGUCUUAAACAAGAUUUUAUGACCCGUAAAACAAUUUUAUCCGACCCCAAAUAACCCAAAAAUACAAUGGGUCAAAACCGGACCAAAUCCCUUUUUGACCCGGCCGAUUGAAAAUCGUUAUAUUAGUAAUAAAUGAGAUUAUGAAAGACUUUAAGCAUAAUAAAAACGUUAUUACUAUUGUUGGGUAUAACAUGAAUUUGGAUUGAAUUAGACACCAUUUUAUGAUUAAAUUUGACUAAAUAUAAACUUGUGUAUAAAAUUUGUCAAUUAUGGCGCAUAUUUUGUAUAUUUAUUAUACAAAUUAUUUUAAAUAAGUAUAUUAAAAUAUUUAUACACAAAUACUUAUUAUACAAGUAAUACGUAUUUUAAAAUCUUUCACCCGUUGGGUCGACCCGAACCAAAAGUUACAGGUCUCGAACAAGCAUUUGUAAACUCGAAACCAAAAAUGACCAACCAGAACCCGAAAGAAAUUUUUUAUAACCCAACCCAACCGACCCUUUUGACGGGUCUACUACCUACCACCCCUGACCUCAAAAUAGGAAGGGGGUUGUUAGUUUGGCGAUUUGCGAUGCUAUAGAACCUCGAGGACCUUUAGAUCAAUCACAAAACACUAUACAACUUGACAGAAAUUUAGAGGUGCUCAAAUAG